AUGUGCAGUCUUCAUUUUGUCAUAUGCAGUCUCUUCUCUCACCUGCACUCCUUUUAUCUGCACUCCUUUCAAUUUUUCUUAUCUGCACUUUUAUCUACUCAGUGCAUGGGCUUUAAAGUCCAGUUCAACGACUAUGACACCUAUCAGUCGCUACCGCUGGAUAUAGACUGCUUGUAUGGACAGGUACAUGUGGUGCCAAUUGUACGCAUCUACGGCUCAUUUUCGGUUUCUAAUACCGAACCCCAAUCUUCGGUUGCAACUUCUUCCUCAACUACUGCAUCUGCAACCAUUCUUGAUGAGUCUGCAUUGUCAUUUACCACCGUCUUGCACGUGCACAACUUCUUUCCAUACUUUUAUAUUGACGCUCCUGUUCAUAGCGUUCCAUUACAAACGAUAAUUUCCUAUUUGGAGUCAUGUCUCGGAGAGUCGUUUCUUCGCAAUCCAGGUGACGAUGAUGAAUACGAAAAUGAAAAGGGAACCAACACCAAUUUGCCUGAGGCUACUGCUGGAGGAUCGGACCAGAAAAGAAGAUUUAUUGCACGGAUUUCUCGUUGUAAAGGUACCCCGGUAUAUGGGUACCAAGUGGGUAACAAAUGCAUGUUGAAAGUAUCAUUGCUUUCUCCAGUUUACAAGACAAGAUUGGUACGUUUGAUACAUGAUAAGAAAAUCAACUUUGCCAACUUUUGCUCCACAAAACAAAAGUUCAAGCCAAAUGUAUACGAGACCCAUUUGCCUAUGCUUCUUCAAUUCCUCACGGAUUUCAACUUAUAUGGCUGUGGUUGGGUUGAAUUGGACUCUUUCUGGUUCAGGUCUCCUGUUCUUGACUACAAUUCUCCGGCUCUUAGCUUCAUUUCCACUACGAAUACAGCACAUUUAAAGCACAGUUUGCGCAAAUAUUUGACCCAAAAAUCAGUGCUCAAUCCUCGACAUUAUCCCAGAAUAGCCAACAGUGUCCUUGAAAUAGACGCUAUCACUGCCUCGAUUGCUAAUAGAAAUACUUUGCAUGCUAGGCAUCUUCACCAUGACUUUGUUGAACGAUACAAUUUCAACCCCAAUCUGGUGGAAACUCCAACUUACUUGACAUCCACACUGCAUAUCGUAAAGGACUUGAAAUACCAAUGUGAGAUCAGAGGAAGACAGCCGGUGAGCUCACAAAACAUCGGUAACAAUUUAGGGUUCAGAUCAACGGAGUGGGCUAAUUCAACUGAACUUCGAAAAUCAUUGGACUAUGUUAUAACCUUGACCGGAGCCUACGAAACCGACUACAAAAGCUACUCGAAAGCCCGAAUAAAAGACGACCAUCCAGAACUUCCGUCGUCGUUUGCACUCGUCGAUAUUGAAAAAACAUACGAUCCAAAACCUAAACUACUUCAAUGGUCUGGUUAUGACUCUCUUUUCAGCGAAAAGCAAGAAUCGUUUCAGUCGCAACUUUCUCAGCUCUCGCAAGCCAAAGAGCAAAAGAAAGUGUUGAGUUCUUUCGAUUCUCUUUCAGAUGCUUUGAGUUCCUCAAAAGAGGUUCUGGACCUGCCGUGGGACUCUGACCAGAACGAAACUGAAGAAAAGAGCGAACAAAAUGAAGAAAAGAGUGAACAAAAUGAACCUUUGGCGAUCAAUUCUGAGACGGACGAGCCAGAAGAACACUCCCAAAUCAUCAAUGAUGAAGCUAUGUUGCAGAUGACUCAAAGGCAUUCUCUCAAAAGACCACUUGAAGAGCCUCCUCUGUCUCCUGUUCUACAAGUGAAUAGCUCGUUUUCCGAAUUGGAACCGCAACAAGAGUUAGUCAGCCAAAUCGAAUUGUCGAGUUGCAAUGGAUACUGCUAUGAAUUGAAACAACCGGCUGCAAUACAGAAAGAAUGCUUUAAAGAUGGACUAGAUUCAGAAGGCAUUCUCCAGGUGGACUAUGUUGAUCCUUUCUAUUCCAAGUCCGUUGAUGGGGCAGCGAAACCUUUGGUUUUUGCCAAUAAAAAGAUCGUGGUUCCCUGUCUCAAUGACUCCACCAUUGCUCCAUUCAGAUUACAAGGUCAAAGCACUCCUUCAUUUAGUGUCAAGAGUGUGUUGAAAUCAGCUUCAGGUGGCAUGGGUUUGAACAAAAAGCUGUAUUUAUGGGAGUAUGCUGUUACACCACCGCUGUCUGCAAGCAUAAAAGAUUGGCUUGCAACAGAGAAAAAGAAGCGGAACACAUACACACAAAUUGAGCAUCCUAAUAGUGGAACCGCUGCCAAAUUCAAGUACUCGUAUCGACUGGAACUGUCGUCACGAAGACCAGAUUCUUUCAUUCGACUAACGAACUUUCAUGCUGAGAUCCAUGUGAAUACUGAUUCCAAUUCGCUUCCAGAUCCAGAAUUAAAUCUGGUUUCUGCAAUUUUUUAUCAUUUUGACGAUGCAAAUCUUAUGUUUGACAAGAUUCCCGUUACUGGAGUGUUAGUUAACCGUGAAACUUGUAACAACGUCCACCUAUUAAAGUCUGCUGUUGACAUGAAAAUCGAGACCUUUGAGGAUGAGAAAUCAAUGGUGGACCGUCUCCUUUUUCUCGUGGAAGCAUUCGACCCAGACAUUCUUUGUGGCUACGAAAUCAAUGCUUCGAGCUGGGGAUAUUUGGUUGAGAGAUUUCGAGCGGCAUACGACAUAAAUUUGCUACCAUUGCUUAGUCGUUGUACUUUCAAAAGCAAUGGUAAGUUUGGAGAUAGGUGGGGCUAUACUCAUACCUCGGCUCUCAAGAUUAAUGGGCGGCACUUGUUGAACGUUUGGCGAGUUUUUCGAUCCAAUGUGACUUUAACGUCGUAUUCUUUGGAAAACGUUGUCUUUCAUAUUUUGCACCAAACAAUAGCCAAGUGUUCCAAUAGAUCCCUAUCGAAGUGGUUCCGCAGUGACAAUGCAAGCAAGCUCUUGUUCGUCCUAAAUUAUUACAUGCAACGCAUACUUUUGGUCCAGAAGAUUCUUGACGUUAGAGAGAUUAUCACCAAGAAUGUAGAAGAAGCCAGGUUCAUUGGAGUUGACUUUUACUCUGUAUUCUUUCGUGGGUCUCAGUAUAAAGUGGAAUCGAUUUUAUCGCGGAUUUCAAAGGUUGAAAGUUUACUAUUGAAUUCACCUUCAAAGACCCAAGUGAGUAAUAUGAAGCCGCUCGAGGCUAUAUCGUUGAUAUUGGAACCUGACGCAAACUUUUACAAGUCGCCUUUGGUGGUUUUGGAUUUUCAAUCUUUGUAUCCAUCCAUCAUGAUUGCGUACAACUACUGUUUCACCACACUAUUGGGAAGACUAGAUGGAUUUGAUCCCAAGAAAAACACCAUUGGUUUCUUGAAGCACUUGGACUUACCACCAGGACUUGUUAACCUAUUGAAAGAGAACGACGACAUCAAUCUCUCACCAAAUGGGUACAUGUUUGCCAAGAGUUCUGUCCGCAAAUCGCUACUUUCCAAGAUGCUUGAGGAAAUCUUGAAUACAAGAAUACAGGUGAAAACGGUUAUGCUGAUGUUUAAAGACGACACCAAUCUCGCCAAAUUGCUCAAUUCAAGACAAUUAGCCCUCAAGUUGAUUGCAAAUGUCACCUAUGGUUAUGCUUCGGCAUCUUUCAGCGGAAGAAUGCCGAAUUCUGCCAUUGCCGAUGCAAUUGUAUCCACCGGGCGAGAGAUUUUGACGAAAUCAAUUAAUAUCAUUGAGCUGGCAAACUAUGGUGCUAAAGUUGUCUAUGGUGAUACUGACUCUUUGUUCAUGUAUUUGCCUGGACGAAGCAAGGAAGACUCAUUUAAGAUUGGACGUGAAGUAGCAGCACAUAUAACUUCGCUUUUUCCGGAUCCCAUUCAGUUGAAGUUUGAAAAGGUAUACCAUCCAUGCGUUCUAUUGAGCAAAAAGAGGUAUGUUGGUAACUGCUUUGAGUAUGAGUCCCAACAAGAAGCUACAUUCCAGGCGAAAGGAAUUGAGACGAUUCGAAGAGAUGGAAUUCCAGCUCAACAGAAGAUAGUUGAAAAAGCACUAAGAAUACUUUUCACUACCAAAGACUUGUCGCUCGUCAAGGACUACACUCUCACUCAGUUCCGCAAAAUCAUAGCCAACCGAAUAUCGAUACGGGACUUUUGCUUUGCAAAGGAAGUCCGUUUUGGAACCUACAAAAGCUUGAACCACAUACCUGCUGGAGCCAUGGUUGCAAUGCGCAAGGUGGCUCGAGAUCCUCGGUCAGAACCUCAGUAUAGAGAAAGAGUACCGUAUGUGGUUAUUGAAGAUGCCGAGAAACCUCGAAUACGUGAUAGAAGCGUGCCUCCAGAAGAGUUCAUUGAAGCUUAUAGGCACUUGCGGCCGGUUCGCCUUGACUAUGAAUACUACAUAGGACGAGUUUUGAUUCCUCCGUUGGAAAGAAUUUUCAAUCUAGUUGGAGCGGAUAUACGAGGUUGGUAUAAGGAAAUUCCCAAGCAGACGGCUACAGAUCUCCACACUGGAGUGUUGAAGAUGUCAAGACAUAUCAAGUCGAAAACUUGCAUUAACUGUGGAGGACAAGUUGCCGAGGGUGAAUCUACAAGUGUGUGCCGUGAGUGCCUCAGCAACGAACAGGCAUUGAUGGUGAAUUCCGUGAUGAGCACUCGUUACAGAGAACGUCAUUUGACUGAAGUUGCAAGAACUUGUUAUCAUUGUAUUAGCUCCACUUAUGCUUGUGGCAGUUCGAUUCAAGGCUUGGAAACACAAUGCGAGAACCAAAGCUGUGAUGUGUAUUUUGAAAGGAUUCGAAGCGUUGUGUUUAAGUCGCAGCUCGACCAGAAACACCAGACAAUAGAGGAAGCUGUGGGGUGGUAG